AUGGCAGACCAGCAGCAGCCCCAGCAGCAGGAGAUGAACGUGGUCCAUGCCGGUGGCCUUGACCUGCCUCCAGGGUUCCGCUUCCACCCAAAUGACGUUGAGAUUGUCAGUGACUACCUGAUGAACAAGGUGCGCAACACAGACUUCACCUGCAUCGCCAUCGAAGAGGCCGACAUAAACAAGACUGAGCCAUGGGACCUUCGGGAUUUCGGCAUGGACCCAGUGGCUCCCUGCUACCCUAAUGCUGGUGUGGGGAUGCAGGCGAUGAUGCCGCCUAUGGCAGGUAUCGGUGGCGCCGGUGGGCUCCAGAUCAAUGGCGCCAUGUUCGGCAAUCCGAUAGCCACGCCGCCGCAGAUGAACAUCUACCACCAGAUGGGCAUGGGGGCUGCAGCUGGCCAGAUGGACAUGGGGGUUGCAGCUGGCCAGAUGGGCAUGGGGCAGCAGCUGGCCAAAUGGGCAUGGGAGUAG